AUGACCAGAAGAAAGGUGAAACUUGCAUUUAUUUCUGAUGAUACAGCAAGAAAGGCGAGCUACAAUAAAAGAAAGAAAGGUCUCCUUAAGAAGGUAAGAGAACUCACAACUCUUUGUGGUAUUCCAGCUUGUGCUAUAAUUUCGAGUCCUUUUGAUUCUCAACCAGAGGUGUGGCCAAAUCUAGAAGGAGCUAUGAAUGUGAUUGAUAGGUACAAGAAUUUAUCUGUGAAAGAUGAAAACAGGAAUGUGAACCAAGAGAGGUUCCUCACGCAGAGGAUUAAUAAAGCUAGAAACCAGGUAAGAAAGUUGAAAUAUGAUAACCGCGAACAAGAGUUGAAUCUUCUCAUGUUUGGUUACUUGCAAAACAACAACAUUUCAGAUGAUUUAACUUCUGAAGAGUUGAAAGAUUUUGAUAAGCUGGUUGAGAAGAAGCUAAAGGAGGUUGAUAGCCAGAUUAAGAAACUUGAAGGAUGA